UCCCUUCAAAAGUAAAAAGCCAAAGGCGGUCGGAGACGAAGGCACGCGAGACGGUCAAGAAACAAACGGGAGUUGCUUCCAAGGCGAAGGCGACCCGGUGACCCACCUCUCCUCUCUCUUCUCGCCGUCCUAGCAAGUAGCAACCCUCCUCAGCCAAGAACCACAAGAUAACGCAACUCACAAGGCACGCACCCAUAGAUUGAUAGAGAGAGGGACAGAGAGAGAGAGAGAUAGAGCUCAGGUUGCAAGCAGAUAGAACGGGUCCAGGUAGCUUCGCAAUCAAGAAGAAGAAGAAGAGUGAAGGAGGAGGAGGAGCAAGAGCAAGCCAUGGAGGAGCCGGCCUCGGCUGAUCCCCCGCGGAUUUUCUGGAAGUCGAGGAGGAGAUCAGCCUCAGCCAAUGGCCGGAGCUUGCAACAAGAACUUAACAAAGAGGCUGCUGAUGAACAACUGAACAAUCAGGCUCAUGAAGAGGCCAUGAAAAUAGAUGAUGCAAAUGCAGUAAGUACUGACGACGAUGUUCAUCCAGAUCCAAAAGCUAACUUAUCUGAGAAGAGGAAGGCGCUGUUUGAGCCUUUGGAACCAAUCAACGGCAAGCGCAGUUCUGCUGAAAUGUUGCUCCCACCACCAGACUUUGAGCCCGCGUCAUAUCCCAAGGGAUGGCUGGUUGGCAAGAAACGCAAGCUUGUGAAUGUUGAUGUGGUGGAGAGCAUGAGGAGGAUAGCAAUCCAAGAAAUGAACAGAAAGGACCGUGAGAUCAAUGGCCUGAAUGAACAGUUGGAAGAAGACUCCCGAGUGCUUGAGCUUCUACAAAAGCAGCUCGCAGAUGAGCGUAAGAAGCGAACGGAGAUAGAGAAGGAAAAUUCCAUGCUUCAUGAGCAGGUAUCUAUGCUGAUGAACAUGCUCGAUGAAAAUGAAGCCUUUGAUGAGGAGGGAGAAGCACCACCACCUGAUACCUUAUAGGCUUAGAUUAAGUAAUAUUAUCAAGGUUCCAAGUUCUACACAUCUUCGGAUACCAGUUUAAGAGUAUUCCCAGAUGUCUUUAUCUUGUGUAAAAUUCAAUUUAUCUUAUUUUAUUUUAUGGCUUGUGUGUAGAUGAAGGGGUUCUGUUUGCUGUACCUAUUUGUUUCUAGGCUGCAAGUGUAUGCGAGAUGCUUGUAAUGUAUUCUAUUUAAAUGCAAGUGUUUACAUGUUAUAAGAGCUCUUGCAAGACUCCUUUUCCUUGCAUGAGCUCUUUUGCUACAUAGCGUAAUGCUUCUGAAUCCAA